CACAAUGCACCAAACUAGUUUCCGCUUUCGUCUUUCUCGGCUGUCUGCAGUGGAGGAAGCAGUAGACGGAAUGAUUGACAGAAUGGUGUCAAAAAGCCACCCAGAAGCCCAGCAAGCCCUGCCUGCACGAACAGCAUUAUUCCAACAGAAGGAUGGUAAAACAUACAGAAUUCCUGCUCUAGUCUACAUCAGUGAUGGUCAGACUUUCCUUGCCUUUGCUGAAGAGCGCAGCACUCCACGUGACCGUGAUGCAAAGGUGUUGGUCAUGAGGAGAGGAUCACUACAAAAUGGAUCCCUUCAAUGGUCUCCUGCUCAAACACUCUCUUCUGCAUGUUUGCCGAAUCAUCGCACCAUGAAUCCUUGCCCAGUCUAUGAGAGGAAAUCCAAAACCAUCUAUCUGUUCUUUGUCUGCAUAUUGGGCAAUACCACAGAGUAUUACCAGAUUGCUACGGGUAGAAACCAAGCACGGUUGUGUUACGUCACUAGUUCAGACUAUGGCCAAAACUGGAGCCAGUUAACAGAUGUAACAAAUAGAGUUAUUGGAGAUGAGAUUUGCAACUGGGCUACUUUUGCAGUUGGACCAGGACAUGGUAUUCAGAUGAAAAGUGGAAGACUAAUCAUUCCAGCUUAUGUUUAUUACAUACAUUGUAGGUGUUUUCCCUUUCAUUUUCCACUCAAAGUCAGGCCUCAUGCUUUAUCUUUCUAUAGUGAUGACUGUGGUGUCACCUGGCAGAUGGGAGGAAAAAUCCCAAUGAAAUCCUGCGAAUGUGAGAUGGCUGAGAUCAUAGACCACACUGAUCAGAGUCAUUUGUACUGCAACGCCCGUAGUACAUGUGGCCACAGAGUGGAAGCUUUAAGUGAGAGCAGCGGGGCAGCUUUUGACAACCCUCAUGUUGCUCAGAAACUCGUGGAGCCCCAUCAUGGCUGCCAGGGUAGCGUGUUGAGCUUCCCUGUGCCCGAGCCAUCAGAUGAAGCGGAGAAGAACCCAAAUGAUUGCUUGAUACAGUCAGACACCAAAAUGUGGUUACUCUAUUCCCAUCCAACUAAUAAAAAGAAAAGAAAGGAUCUUGGAGUUUACUUGAAUAAAUCACCCUUGAAAACAUCGGGUUGGGGCCGACCAUGGAUCAUCCAUAAGGGUCCCAGUGGAUAUUCAGAUUUGACACAGUGUGAGGAGCGAUUUGCCUGCCUCAUGGAGUGUGGAAAAAAAAGUGAGAUUGAGGAAAUAGCCUUUGUGGAAUUUAAACUCAGCGAUUUAAUGGGCACUUGAAAUGAUAAAAGAGUACUUCCUGUGGGAUCUUUUAAAGGACUAGUUCACCCCAAAAUGAAAGUUGGCAAAAAAUUUACUCAUCCU